AUGGUUAUACGAGGCUUGGACGCUAUCGGAAGGGGUGAGCGCGACUGCUGGCUGAUCUACUGGAUGGAGUCCAAGUUAGACACUGAAUCAAGACGUAAGUGGAUUGAGGAGAGCAAGGAGGUGAGUGUGCCUACAAUUACUGAUUUUUUUAAGUUUUUGGACUCUCGCUGCGAGGAACUUGAAUUGGCACACCCAAAGCCCUCUUCAGAUGGCAAGAUCUCCUCACCAUCCAGCAACAAAUCACAUAAUUCUACCGCACGGGCAUUUCUUUCCAUCGACGAUUGCAGCGCAACUCAUAAAUGCAUCAAAUGCGGCUCCACAAAUCACACAAUUCCAAAAUGUUCAACCUUUUCAAGCAUGUCUAUUCAAGAUCGACGUCUUCUAGUCGAAGACAAACCGCUCUGUUUCAAUUGCCUAAGGGCAGGGCAUACGUCGAGUACAUGUGUAUCUAAGUUUCGUUGCAGACGUUGCAACCGACGACACCACACUAUGUUACACGCCGAGUCUUCUGGGCCGAUUCCGGAAAUACCGUUAACAGCACCGGCAGCAUCACCACAUGUUUCAGUGAAACCCUUUGGGUCCAUAACAGCAGGUAAACCUUGGUCUACCGCAGCUCAUGUUUCACAGCCAUUGUCUUCGUUCGUCACUCCUAUUGACUCAGACGCACUUCCUGUUUCCGAAAAGUAUCGUAAGGCUCUAUUACCUACCGCACUAGUCAGCGUUCGCACUGCUCACGGUUACUUCAUUCCAUGUCGAAUGCUAAUCGAUUCUGCUUCCGAACUUUCCUACAUAUCGGAGCGUUGUGCCCAAAAGCUUGGCAUUCCACGCUCACCAUCUCGAAUUGUUGUCACCGGCAUCGCUUCUUCAAAGGCUGUAGUCGUAUUUCCUUAUUCAUCAAGUCACGUGUGUCUGAAAAUACCCUCGCCGUAA